AUGCGACGUGAACCAGAGGAAGAGAACUCGUCGCUGGGCUCGCCCACUUACAAUUACAGCGCCAUGCUCAACCGCGAGGACAUUCCGCAGCCGCCGGCGCGCGAGGUCUUCCGCGAGCCGAGCGAGGAGCAGACCUACGCCGGAUACGGCAACGGCAACGGCAACACCCGCUUCAGCACCAUGACCGCUGAUGUUAACGGCGAGCGCUUGAGCGACUCUGGCAACGCCGCGGCAAUUGGUGCCAACGCCGGCGUGUUCACUCGAGGCUCGCUCAUGGACCGCAACAUCGAGGCGGUUAGUGAACCCGCCCCCGGGUUCCUCGAGAAGACGCAGCAAAAGUACAAAGGCCGCUACCGGAUGUGGCCGGGCAUUCUCCUCCUCCUCCUCAUCGUGGGUGGAGCCGCCACUGCCAUCACCUUCUCCGCCUUGCACGCCAGCGACACUGCCAGCACUCGGGACGCAGACUACGCGCAACGUAAAGCUGACAGUGAGAAAAUAUCGGGCGGGGCCAGCGGCAGCAGCAGCGACCUCAUCUCGGACGACGGAGAGGUGGACAACCCCAAGUCGUACCCGGAUAUGGGCUGCGAGCUGCCGGACUACCAGAGCAAGAACGGCCGCAUUGUGGCCGUGAGCUCCAAUGGCACCGAGGUGCCCGUGGACAUCAAGGGCAUCAACUGGUUCGGCAUGGAGACGGGCACCGCCAUCCCCUUGGGGCUUUGGGACAACGCCGACAACGGCACGACCGCCUUCCAGAUCGCCACCUUCUUGGCGGACAACAACUUCAACGCCGUGCGCCUGCCGCUCUGUGUCAACUGGAUCUUGACCGACCACGAGCCCGAGACGUCGCUCAUCAACACGGCCGAGAACCGAGCCAUCUCGGUGACGAGCUACAUAUCGCUGCUCAAGAGUAUCGUCAAGGUGCUGGCGUACCGCAACAUCGGCGUGAUGCUGAGUAUGCACACGCUCACCUCCACGGACAGUGGCAGUCUCUGGUACAGCGACGAAAUCUCGGAAGACGAUUUCCUGGACGCUGUGGACACGCUCACCAAGAACCUCUGCAGUGAGAAGUACUGGAACAUCAUGGGCAUUGACGUCAAGAACGAGCCGUCCAAGGCCACGUGGGGCGACGGAGCGGACACGGACUUCCACGCCGGAGCCAAGAAGAUCGCCGACCGAAUGCUGGACGGCUGCUCGAAUUGGCUGGGCUUCGUGGAAGGAGUGAACGCCGACCACACGGUCACGAUCGAUGGCACUGACUACGACUACUACGACUGGUACGGAGGCGGACUGCAGAAAGCGGCCGACUACCCGCUCACGUUCAGCACGGACAACAAGGUGGUGUACGCGCCUCAUUACUACACACCAGCUGUAUAUCCACAAGCUUACUUUUACAACGGCGGCACUCAGGAUUCGAAUGGUGCGAUCGCUGACUACGUGGAAAUCGAUGACGAUGCGCUCAAGACACGUAUCAAGGCCACAAUGGCUGAUAUGUUUGGAUUUUUGGCCGAUGACAACUCGUCCGCGUUGCUGCUGGGAGAAUUCGGUGGAUUGUACUCGAAGGAUCUGCACCCGGAGCUCACCACCAAGCGCUGCACUGAUCUCAGCAUCGAGGUGAUUGUCGAGAGUGGAUGGGCCGGUGGCUUUGUGUGGUCCCUGAACCCCGAAAGUGCCUACCAAUACAACCCGGCCGACACCUACAGCACGUUCACGGAGGGCAUUUUGGAGGACGACUGGCUAACUGCCAACAGCGAGUUUCUCAAGGGAAUGGCUGCCAUGGACGACUUGGCCAACCUUCGCAAGAUGCCAUGCUUCGAGACCGAGGUGUCGUCAUCAGGAUCUGACUCGUCCAGCUCAAGUUAG